GGAAUUGGUGGCGUGGCUGCCGCCCUGACUCUGGGCUUGCGAGGACACCAUAUCAUAAUUCUUGAAUCGGCUCCCAAGCUCAUGGAGGUUGGUGCAGGUAUCCAAGUUUCCCCGAAUAUGUUAAAGCUUUUUGACCGAUGGAAUGUAUCGCAAUUAAUUCAUGCAAACGAUGUGCCACUGGAGAAUAUCCAUAUACGGCGAUGGGAAGACGGAAGUCUUCUUGGUACCAUGCCGGUGAAUAAAACCUACGGCCAGCAGGUGGUUAUUCAUCGCGCGGAUCUCCAUAAGGCUCUGCUUGAGAAGGCUCUGGAAUUAACGAACGUGGAAUUACGCGAAAACUCGCACGUAACAAACGUCGAUUUCGAUUCCACAUCAGUGAAGCUAGCCAACGGCAAUGUUGUUGAAGCUGAUAUUAUCAUUGCAGCCGACGGAAUCAAGUCUACAAUUCGUGAUCAGUUACUGGGUGGAGACACCACCAAACCAAUUGCAACAGGAGAUGCAGCAUACCGGAUUAUGCUCCCAAAGAGUGUGAUGGAGAAUGAUCCUGAAUUGAAGAAGCUGGUAGUAACGCCAGAUGCUACACGGUGGCUCGGCCCUCAACGCCACUUGGUUGCUUAUCCUGUCCGGGGCCAUGACCUCUUCAACGUUGUCCUUCUUCAUCCUGAUCGUCACGGAAUAGAGGAGUCUUGGACCACAAAGGGCUCAAAGCAGAGAAUGGUCGACGACUACGAAGGCUGGGAUCCAGUAGUCCGCAAACUGAUUGGUUUGGUUCCCGAUGAUGAGGUGUUGGAGUGGAAGCUGUGCCUGCAUCCGCCACUGAACACAUGGAUUCAGGGAUCCGUCGCACUAAUUGGUGAUGCUUGCCAUCCAAUGCUACCGUACGUUGCCCAAGGUGCUGCUCAAGCAGUGGAGGACGCGGCUGCAUUGGGCGUGCUGUUAUCCGAAAUCACAUCGAAGAGUGAGGUCCCUCUCGCACUUGAAGCGUACCAAAAGUCUCGCAAGGAGCGCGCGGAAACAGUCCAGCAGUCUGGGUCACUGAACCGGAUCACCCUGCAUCUGCCAGAUGGCCCAGAGCAAAAAGCACGGGACGAACAAUUCCGAGAUUCGCUGAAGGGCGGUGCGAACCCAGACAAGUGGGCAGAUAGAAAAACACAAGAGUUUCUGUGGGGAUGGGAUGCAGAGAGGGCAGCAUUGGCGACGUGGGAGGGUGAGUUUUGUGUUCUUCGAGGGUGA